AAGCUGUGUUUCACAAAUUACACGUUCAACGCGUUCAACACAGUGCAUCACGCGGUUCGAUUUAUGAACCAUGACUGAAGAGUACUAAAGCAAGGCCAAACACUUUUGAGGCUUUGAGGAAGCGAAAAAGAUUCGGCCCUUCUCUUUCAAACCUCACAAAAUCACAAUUCAAAAGCACCUCAAAAGCUCCCCUCUCUUCUCAUUGUUGUGCAAGCAUCCUUCUUUCAAGAAGCAAACUUACCCAGUUAGCUAGGUAUCAGCAACCGCCAUGCUCAUCAUGCCCAUGUCCUGUUCUACUCCUAACAUCAGCAACCAUGCUUGUUCGUCAAGCUACUGCGUUUGCUGGCAAGGUGAGAACCAUGACAUUUCCAAUCUAAAGCUGCGAUGCGAUGGGGCUUCUCUGUAUCCGCCCAUGGAAACAACUCUGAAGGUCAUUUCCAGGUUCAAUACCUGCAGCGAUGCACUGUUGCCCAUGUGGAGCCUAGACCAUUAUCCUCGAAAGACAAGGCAGGUAAAUCAAGGUCAAGGGGAACAUCCAUCUGAAAAGGUGGGAAAAUGCCAGCAUUCAGAGGCAAAGCCAGCCAAGAUCCCCCCCAUCCAAUCAGCGAGCACAGCAAGUAGUGGCCAUGAUCAGGUACUACCCAAGAGGACUCAUCCUAUCAGCGAGAAAAGUAGUAGCGACGGAAGAAGACGUAGUUUCAUCACAGUGGAAGUGAGAACAGACGGGCUUCGGGACUCUUACAGCAACUCCUCCAAAGACGACCCGGCACAUGGUAGCAGUCAAGCGCAGCAAGGCCCAGCUAGGAGCACUUCCGGUACCAGAAGCACCCUGCCGGACACGAAGCCGAAGAAGAAUGCAGCCAUCACACGGGUGCAAAUUGAAGUUAGCGAGGAGGGGUAUCCACUCAUGGAUAUUGGUGGAGGGUUGCUAGUUCCUUACAUUGGCACGCGUGAACGAACGAGAAAGGCCCUGCAAGUGGACUGUCUAGACUGCUCUUCAAGAUCAUCUAGCACACCUAGCACAAUCGUUGCUGAGUGCAGUGUCUGUCAAGCCAAUCUUAUUUGCUUGCACGGCAUGUCGUGCGUCAUGUGCAUGUCCUGCACCACCAUUAGCCCUGUCAGCUAUGAUCGGGCAGACCUACUGCAGCGUGACGGCCAACAACUCAAGCCUCAUGGACUGGGAGUUGGCCUCAGUCUGGAUCGAAUGGUGCUGUGAUCAUGCAGACCACCAAGCACACAACUAAUUGUACCAUACCAUAGAAGCGAAGGGACUGCUAAUAAGCGACAUAAUGCAUUUCUGUCAUCCUACUGUAAUGAAAGUACCUCCUACCUGAAGAGUCGAGUC